AUGAAUAAAAAUAAUAGUUCGAAACCCGGUGAGGGCAUUAAAUCAUUGAAAACUAGUAGUUUAUUCCGCGCCUUAAAUUUUGAGCUUUACGUUGCACCCAAUAAAUUUAUAAUGGGUUUAGGUGCAUCGGCUUUUGGAAUUUGUGUCGGUUACAUAAUGUAUAUGCGUUACAAAUAUGAAGGUCUUGGUUAUUAUCCAGGAGUGAAUGCAGAUGGAACAGAAAAUUAUUACAAACGAAAAUCAAAUUGGGAUUGA